AUGGAAGGUACACUGGCUGUUAAAACUAUGAUGAUAGUGGUGAUUGUAGCACUCUGUGGAGCUGUGCCCACCGCUUCACCCAGCCAAGAAGAGCUCUCUAAAGCCCAGGACUAUCUGUCUCAGUUUUUCUCUGAAGUGGGUGUCAGUGCCCCCAGCAGUGUCUGGCGCAGCUCUCUAGAGUCAUUUGAAGACACUCUCAGAAAAAUGCAGGAGUUUUUUGGCCUGGAUUUGACAGGACAGUUGGACUCCAACACCCUGGAAGUGAUGGCUCGCCCCCGCUGUGGUUUCACAGACGUGACCAGAUAUGGCCACUUCGAUGGUCGACCAAAGUGGGACAAGACUGUCGUCACAUACAGGAUAACUGACUACACACCACGCUUGAGUCAAAGUGAUGUGGACGCCACCAUAGCCAAGGCUCUGAAACUCUACAGUGAUGUCAUUCCUCUAGAUUUCAAGCGGAUUGAUAGCGCCACUGCUGACAUUAUGAUCUUGUUCAAGAGUCGAGACCAUGGAGAUUUUGCUCCAUUUGAUGGGGAGAACGGGGUCUUGGCCCAUGCGUUCUCCCCUGGAGAGGGCAAUGGAGGUGACACCCACUUUGAUGAAGAUGAAAACUGGACUCUAACCUCAGCGGGGGCCAACCUGUUCUUGGUGGCAGCCCAUGAGUUUGGCCAUGCACUGGGACUGGCACACUCUCAGGUCCAGACAGCUCUGAUGUAUCCCACCUACCAAUAUGUGAACACAGAGGGGUACAAGCUGCCAGAUGAUGACAGAGAGGGUGUACAGGCUAUCUACGGAAUCAGAGAAACAUCAGCUCAACCAACAACUGAACCUCACCCAAAUCCACAGCCUACCAAAAAACCUGUGCCAAAACCACAACCUAGACCUGAACCAGAUCCUGAACCCACACCAGACAGGUGCAGCAGGAACCUGAUUUUUGAUGCUGCAACCUCCAUUCAGAGAAAUCUGUACUUCUUUAAAGAUGGAUAUUUCUGGAAGAGGAGCAGCUCCUGGGACGGCAUCACAACAAAGAGAAUUCAGUCAGUCUGGUCUGGAAUCAGCAAAGUUGAUGCUGCCUAUGAGUAUAACAAAAAGAAUACUGUCAUUUUCUUCGAAGGGGAUCAUUACUGGGGGAUCAGAGGAAACACUGUCCUACCUGGUUAUCCCAAACCUCUCAGAGACUUUGGCUUCCCUCCAUCCGUCACCAAGGUAGAUGCUGCUGUCUAUGUGUCAUUUACAGGGAGAACCCUCCUCUUUGUGAAGAACAAAUACUGGAGCUACAAUGAAAGGAGGGGCAGAAUGGAUCGUGGUUACCCAAAAUUCAUACACACAGAGCUCCCUGGGAUUGGCUACCGAGUGGAUGCUGUUUUUGAGAACAAAGGUUACCUGUACGUUUCAUAUGGAGCCACACAGAUAGAGUACCACUACCAACGAAGAAGGGCUCUACGCACUCUGUUAAACUAUAGAUGGAUGGAUUGCAACUAA